CGAGCGGUGAGUGCCAAUAGUCGGUGGCGGAUCACGUUAAUCUACUUCCUGACACUCCUCCGCUCUCAGCACCUCCCGCGGCCUCCUUCUCGCGGUUCUUGCUCCGCCGCGCCGUCCCCCUGUCCCCGCUCCGCCUCCCCUCGUCGCCACCCCCUCCGCCCCGCCUCCGCGUCUCCUCCACCAUCGUCGCCCUCCACAAGCGCAACCCCAAGCGCCUCAAGUACGCCGCCAAGCUCGCCAGUUCACGGUAUUGUCUGCCUCCCCCGCACUCUCUUCUUCCUUUCAAAAUUUCCAAUUUCGCUCGCCUCUCGCGGAGCUUCUGGUGCUAAGAGCAAUUUCUCUGGCGAUUGGGUUGCCCCCGCGCGCGCGCGUAGAGAGGGGGUACAGAGAUGCUGCGGGUGAAGGUGGAGCCCUCCGGCGAGGACUUUUGGAAGCUGGACCCCGUCAUCGACCUCAUCAAGCACGGCGCCGUCGGGGUUAUCCCUACUGACACUGUACUAAAAGGCAUCGGCGAUUCAAAGCCUCUGAGCAUCCUAUGCCACUCGUUACGUGAUAUCGAUACCUACACAAUAGGAUUUCCUCAAGGUACCAACCAAGGACAAGCUAACAUUUUCCGCGCUGUCAAGCAUGCAAUACCUGGGCCUUACACCUUUAUUUUACCUGCAACCAAGCAAUUUCCAAAACAAUGCAUAAAACAUGGGUUGUCCACAAGGUAUGCAAAAAGGAGACAGGUUGGUGUUCGAAUUCCAGACAAUCCCAUCUGCCAAGCAAUAUUGCAAAAUCUGGAUGAACCUUUGAUCUGCACAAGAGUUAUGGAAAUCAUAUUCAGCUGCAUCACUUGAAGGAUGAUGCUAAGGUGUGUGCGAUGGCUCCCCACCCCACCAUCCCCACGCCGGUGCCUGCUCCGGGCUUAGUGGCCACCUUCUCCAACUCUCCCCUGAGAUCAGCCUCUCCUUCUCCCUAGGCGCUGGGGUCCCCGCCUGUGCUUGACCCAGCCGAUGGUAUAGGUCCACCGCAGACACCUUCAGCACGACAUGUGUUCAUCUCUGAAGUGUCUCGGCCCGUGGACAGCCUCCUGCCCAACCCGUCAUCCAUAAGGGAAGAAGAAAGGGGCCACCUCUAGGCUCCUUGCCCUGGCACAGUCAUCGUGUCGCGGGGGUCAAAUCUUGGUCCCCUGGCCCUGGCGUGAUAGAUGCACAGAAGAGGGUCAUGCGGAGAUUGGGAAUUGUUUCGGAACAUGACCGUAUCGACCAACAAGCACAUGAUGCAUACAACAUGGUGUUUGAUUUGCCUCUUAACGUGCAUAGCUCACAGCUUUGGCCGCCAUCUUUGGGUGGACGCCGAAGGAUGCCGACCAGGUUAGGGCGGCGGAUGAUCUGGUAGGAUCAAAUUGAGUGUACAAGCUUGUACUCUUGGUCAUUUUCUAAACAUUUCCAAUGAAUCCCUCCAUAUUAAUCUAGAAUGCGCGUGGGCUGAAUCAGCUAGGCAGGUGCAAUGCGGUCAGGGACGUGGUAUGGCGUGUGUGUGGGUGUGGUGUGUGGGUUUGUACAUCUUGUUACUCUUCUUUAAUGGAAUGACACGUAGCUCACCUGCGCGUUCGAGAAAAAAAAAGUCCUAGUAGGUUAGCUCUGAGUCCUAGUCCGUUUCUAGUUUCCUUCCUGUUUCCUAAAUUACUUAGAUGGCUCCUAAUAUAAAACGGUUGGCUUAGUCUUGUUUAGGAUUCAAUCAAGAAUCAACCUAGUAAAUGGCUUUGCCCACCAAACUCGGCUAUGAUAAGAGCCUCUUCUCGACGGGAGAAGCCCGAAGAUGAGAGGGCGACCUGCCCUUCCCCUCGCUGUGUUCAUCUGCUACCAUAAUAUAUAGCAAAUCACCAUGCAUCUGUAACAUUGUUACCUACAAUUCUCACAUAUGAAAUACAAAGAAUUGUUACUAUUUCAUAGAGAAUAUUACUGAGAAAACUUUCCAUCUGAUGCCUUUUUGUAUCAGUUGCAGUGUGAUCCAUUAUAGUUUAUAAAUAAUUGCAUGUCCGGAGAGUACCCAGCACUCAAGCUUACAUAAGGAACUGAUGCAAAAGAUUUUAAUUGUAGCAAAAUUGUUUGUCCGGAACUGUAGUCACUAACAAACUGCAUGUUAAGAUAUUUUUAUUUUUAUAAAUUUAUAAAAAUAUAACUAUUUGCUGCGAGUGGCUUGUUAAUUUUCUCUGGAAUAGAAACCAGCUAUUAGCUACGUAGCUUUGACGUGUGGCUGUAUUACGAGUUGUAUUUGGACAAGAGUAGGUCCGAAAGAUGGCUUGGAGAGCAUGAUUGCUUUGAUGUUUCAAUG